AUGGCCGCCCUUCAACCCCAUCCUGAUAAGAAAAUUCCGGCACGAAAAAAAAUAAUCACAUACGGAAAAGUUACGAGGAAGAGAAUUUCUUGUAAUGCUUUUCACUCGAAUUCACAAGAGCCAGAUAAAAAAAAAGAUGAAUAUGUCAGGACUGAAUCUCCGACCUAUACAAAUGAAUAUUCUUUAGAGGCUUCACCGAAAAUUAGGGCUUGUAAGGACGUUUAUGAUGUAUCUAGCGACGACAAUGAUGAUGACAACGAACACACAUCUCUUUCUCGGCAUGGAUCCACUACACGAAAAAAUUUAGCUAUGGAAAAAACUGUGGCUGAAAAGUUGAAGUGCAAAAAUAUAGAGAAUUUGGAAAAAAAGGCAUCGAGGCCCCCGAGGACUCCUGCUUCUAAGAAAAAUUUACGAAAAAUAUCAGACUUAACUCCUCAGUUUUUUAUCGGAAAAAAUGAAUGUCUCUUAUCUAUAUCACAUCAACGAGAUGCAAAGGAAGCUGUUUCGAAGAUUGAUCUCCCUCUCAAGUCCGGAUCAAACGCCCAAAGUACGAAAUCAAAUCCUAUCAGCGCGUGCGAUAUGGGUGUGAGUGUUUCUAAUCUCAAUUCUAAACAUGAAUCCACAGAAAGGAAGUGCCAAAAAUAUAAUUCAGGAAUUAAGCUUUUGGAAUCAACUACUUCAGUAUCAACGGGUAAUGAAACAAAAUUUGCUGCAAUCUCUAUCAACCAGCAAUCUUAUGAUUUUUUGGACCAAAAUCUCGAAAAUGAGCGACAGUGUUUAGCUCCAGAUAAUACCGAAAGGUGUAAGAAGAAGCUUAAAUAUUCACCAAAAGACACGAAACUUUCCACAUCUUCGACCAAGUGUUUGCACACCACGCAGCAUGUUAGAAAUAUAUCCAUAAACACUCGCGCUAUUUCAAGGGUUAAAUUGUUUGAUGACAAAAUUACCACGUCACUGAACCAUAUGACUCCCAACGCACAACAAUCACCAAGGCCUUCAUCAAGUCGAAAUUUAUUUCCAAUGGAACAGAGAGAAGAGUUAUUGCUACCAUCACAGGAUACUGUCAAACAGAUACCAGAUGAAAGUCAAAAUAUUUUGUCCGAAAAUGAUCAGGUUUGGUGCGAUCUAAUAGAAUUUGCCAAAAGAAAAGACGACAAAGAUUCAGACCGGAACUUGAAUACAAAACAAUCAGAUGUAAUCAUCAAAUCUUCGGCUAAACUAUGUUCUGCGAAGAAGUCUAUGCGGGCUGACAGUCUAUCUCCGAAAAAAACAUCCAUAUUUCGCAGGCGUCGACUGAUAGAUUCUCUAGUUGAACAGAGCAGUAACUUCACGCUCCAAGGACACUUAUCUGAAGAAUCUGAAGCUGAAUCAGAUGCCUCAAGUAUUUUUGAUUCUGCUUUCAAUAUUGACGAACCAAGUAACGAUAGCUUUGAAUCGACUCAAACUGAGUCUCAAGUUGUUUUUUCAGAUAAAAAAUCUUUAUCUUCAUCUCAGGUAACUGAAUCAAGGUUUACCUAUAGCCGCCAACGAUCGAUGCUAGCUGAGGAAGACCCAAUGAAGGAUCUGAUUAUUGAUUUUCCCUUAGCGCAUAAUAGCUCAAAUCCAAAAAAAAACCGUCGGGGCUCAAUUCCAAAACUACAACCAAUAUCUGGUUUUGAAGAAGAAGAAGAUGAUGAUGAUGAUGAAAACAGUCAAACAUUUACAAAAAACGUCCACGAGCUGCGCAAGUCAGGAGCUAAUAAACGCUUUGUAGAUCAAUGUACUGACUUCUUAGAUCGAAUUGGGUCCCCUAGCAGUGUUAAUAGAUCUAUUAGGCGCUCUGGGCUCCUAGACCUAGCUUACAAGAUGAUGGACAAAAAUUUCGCGCAACAGCUCCGUGUGAAUAGUAUUGAGCAACAGCUAUUUGUACAUCUUGAUACAGAGACAGAUAUUAUAUCUGGGUUUUUAAUGAUGUCUAUACUUAUAUCUAUUUUAACGGAAGGACCUAUACCACAUCUUAUUUCCCAUCUAUGUCUCCAAGGCAUAACAAAGCUAAUGAUUUAUCUUAUGAACUGUGAGCUAGAGAUUGCUAUUGUAUGUAAAGAACGGAAGACCAAUUUAUCCAAAAGUGUACAGUCUCUUAUUUUACAACAUCAUGCUGAUCUUCUUCAAUCAGCCGUUUGGGGGGAACUUGAACCGGUAGCUCUCUCGACCCGAAUAGUUGCUCUCAAAUGUCUGGAAAUGAUGGUUAUCCAAACGCGAGAAACUAAUAGUGCAAAUAAAAUAUUUUGUGACACUCUAACCACCACACUUUUCACUAUGCUGCGAUCAGCAUCUUACGAUGAAACGUCAUCUCAUCUCAAAACUCUCAAAUCUACUGAAUUCUCUCUAAUCGUGGCAAUAAUUCAAGCAUACUCUACACUUGCUAGUCCAAUACUCGACGAGUCUACUUGGAUCCGGGAGUAUAUACCUAUUAUCGCCGAUGUUCUUGAAAUAAGUAUUUCCCGACUUCCCGCAUUACUUGGUACCCAUCUUCUUCUUCUUAAAAUUACCUUACAGGUUACAAAUAAUAACCAAACAGCUUCAGAUAUUUUCGCUCGUCCCUCACUAAUACUCAGGAUCUCCAAGACUAUAGUGUCGCAAUUUGACGCAAUCUAUAGCCAACUUACUAGUGAAAAAUUCUUGGAAACUGUUGAUCAUCUUUCACUGUUGCUUGGUAUUCUCAUGAACUUUUCGGAGUGGAGCUCCAGAACUAGGGAUUGUCUACAGGGAUUUCAGCAUCAAGAAAAAGAUCCCUUGGAAAGCAUGUUAUUAAUAUUUGAAGAGCAGUCAGAAAAUAUUUCUCAGGCCGAAUCAGAACAAGAAACACUUAAAAACGUAUUGCUCGGUUAUUUGGCUGUAACCCUAGGUUUCUUGUCUCAGCAUCCAAUGAUAGACGCUAGGAGUUUAGCUCUGAAAAGCAAGCUGAUAUGUUGUAUCGAGGAAUUUAUUUCUAUUCACCGGCUCGCAGAUCUUAAAAUGGCGGAAAAUAAGGAUUCUUCUCCCGAUGAGCUUGAAGAAAACGGCUUACAAGUUGAAGGCCAGACAGAACUAACGGAGAGAUUAGAACGAUUAAUCUGCCGAUUGAAGUUAGAGUAG